AUGCAGCGAAAAUCCCCCCGUCUAGCCAUCCUGAUUUCUCUGGUCUCUCUUCUGCUGUGCUCGUCGGCGUCGGCACAGCACACGCUGGGCGCCGGCUCCUCCCUGUCCGUGGAAGACCACGCGCGGCCGUUCCUGGUGUCCCCCAACGCCACCUUCUCCUGCGGCUUCCUGGAGGCCGGCAACAACGCCUUCUCCUUCUCCGUCUGGUACACCGACGCAGCGAACAAGACCGCCGUCUGGACGGCGAAUCCCGACGCGGCCGUGAACGGCAGGGGAUCCAGGAUCUCGUUCCGUCGCGACGGGGGCCUAGCCCUCUCCGGCGCCAACGGGACGACGGUGUGGGAGAGCAAGACGAGCGGCUCGGGUCUCUCUAUCUCCCUCCUCGACUCCGGAAACCUCGUCAUCUCGGACCUGUCGAGCCGCCGCACCCUGUGGCAAAGCUUCGACUGGCCGACGGACACGCUGGUCCCGUCGCAGCAGCUUACCAAGGACACCACGCUGGUGGCCAGGUACUUCUACCUCUACUACGACAACGACAACGUGCUGCGGCUCCGCUACGACAGCCCCAACAUGUCGAGCAUCUACUGGCCGAACCCGGAUUACGGCGUGUUCCCCAACGGCCGGACGCUCUACAACAGCUCGAGGAUCGCUGUCCUCGACGACACCGGCGUCUUCCUGUCUAGCGACAACCUGCGAGUCGUCGCCUCCGACCUGGGCCGCCCCGGAGUCAAGAGACGGCUGACCAUCGAUCCGGACGGCAACCUGAGAAUCUACAGCCUGGACUCGUCGACCGGGGGCUGGACGGUGACAUGGGCGGCGAUGGCGCAGGCGUGCUCCGCGCACGGGCUGUGCGGCCGGAACGCGAUCUGCGUGUACCAGCCGAGCCUCAGAUGCUUGUGCGUGCCCGGUCACGAGACGGUCGACCGGCACGACUGGCGACAAGGUUGCAGACCCAUGUACAGCGUCCCCAACUGCAGCCAAGCGGCGCCGCCGGAGCAGCGGUUCAAGUUUGUCGAGGUGCCGCACACCGACUUCUACGGCUACGACGUGGGGUACAACGCCUCCUCUGAUACGUUCGAGCACUGCAAGAAGCUAUGCUUGGAGAUGUGCUCGUGCGCCGCCUUCUCCUACCGGCCGUUCGAAGGCCGAGGCGUCUGCUACCUGAAAGGCUUCCUCUACAACGGCUACACGUCUCCAAACUUCAACGGCAACAUCUACCUCAAAGUACCAAUCGGUUUCGAUGCCUCGGCUCAGUCAGUCUCUGCACGUAGCUCCGAAGGCCUUACUUGCAAUCCUGACGGUCCCGAGAUCGUCCAAGGAACUCCAGACACGUUCCGGGCAUCCAGAAACAACGCCAAAUGGUCGUACCUGUUUGCGUUCGCCGGAGUGCUGGGAGUUCUUGAUAUUAUCUUCAUUGGAACAAGCUGGUGGUUUCUCUCCAGCAAGCAGAGCAUACCCAGCUCGCUAGAGGCAGGGUACAGGAUGGUCACGGGCCAAUUCAGGAGGUUCACGUACCGGGAACUCAAGGACGCGACGGGGAACUUCAAGGAAGAGCUCGGCCGGGGCGGCUCCGGCGUCGUGUACCGCGGCGUGCUCGACAAAGGGAAGGUGGUGGCCGUGAAGAAGCUGACGAACGUGGCGGGGGGCGACGAGGAAUUCUGGGCGGAAAUGACGUUGAUCGGACGGAUCAACCACAUCAACCUCGUCAGGAUCUGGGGCUUCUGCUCCCAGGGCAAGCACAAGCUGCUGGUGUACGAGUACGUGGAGAACGAGUCGCUGGACAGGCACCUGUUCGACACGGACAGGACGACGCUACCGUGGCGCGAGCGGUACAGGAUCGCGCUGGGCACGGCCAGGGGCCUAGCCUACCUUCACCACGAGUGCCUCGAGUGGGUCGUCCACUGCGACGUGAAGCCGGAGAACAUCCUGCUGACGCGCGAGUUCGACGCCAAGAUCGCCGACUUCGGGCUGGCCAAGCUCUCCAAGAGGGACAGCGCCGCCGGCGACAGCAUGCCUCUCUCUCACAUGAGAGGGACGACGGGGUACAUGGCGCCGGAGUGGGCGCUCAACGUUCCCAUCAACGCCAAGGUGGACGUGUACAGCUACGGGGUUGUGCUGCUAGAGAUGGUUAUGGGGUGCAGGGUGUGUGACCAGACGACGGCGGGCGGGGAGCGCCUGGAGAUGUCGCAGAUCGCUCAGGCGUUGAGGCAGGUUGUGGCUACCGGCAACGUCGUGCCCUUGGUGGACGGUAGGUUGCAGGGGCAGUUUAAUCCUCGGCAGGCCCUGGAAAUGGUGCGGAUUUCCUUGUCGUGUAUGGAGGAUAGGACCAACCGGCCGACAAUGGACGACGUUGCCAAGGCUCUCACAGCCUGCGACGACGAGGACGAGCAUCCCGCAUACAGUUUGUUGCUAACAAUCUUCCCCAAGUUUGUUGCUAACAAUCUCAUAUCAACUUCUCGAUCUUCCCACCUUUCUUCGCACUCUAUCUCUCACCCUAGACCUGCUGCCGUUGUCGUCCACGACCACUACACCCGCCAGCAACGGAAGCUCGAUGCUAUGGAUCCUAGUUUAAAGUUUCUCCUCGACGAAUUCAACCGUCGCUUCGACGAUCACGACGCCAAGUGGGAGCAACGCUUCACUGAUCUGAAUUGUGAUCGCAGUGCCCACGAUGUCAUUGUUGAUUGCCGCUUCGCCGAGCUUGCCCAACCCUCUACAGUCAUCGACCAGCGCCUCGCUGAUUUGGAAUUGGUGUGGGUGAACCAAAAAGUAGACGUCACCAGGCGCCUCUCCGACCUCAAAGUUGUUCGCAUCCAGCAGAUCUCCGACGAGCGUGAUGAGUGGGUAGCGGAGCUCGAAGUGGCGGCUGCGGACAUCAAUGCUUGGAUUCCCGAGUUGGAGGGUGUAGUCGAUGACCUCAAGCUCGAAGGGAAUUAA